UGAAGUGCGAGAGUUUGAGCGAUAUUGUUUUAAAUGUUUAUAAUUAUUGUUUGUUUGCGUAUAAAUUAUAAAUAAUAUAGCCCAUGGUGAUAUAAUUAAUUAAUAUAAUAACCUUGAAUUUACGUUUGCAAUUGUUCUUCCUUAAUGAAUAGUUUUCAUAUAACUUUGUUUUUAAAUCUUCGACCACAAUUUUAACGUGUGUACGAACGAAUAUUCAUUAUCUAAUAUAUAUCAUUAGAUGUUAUAAUUAAACAAUGCAAGAAGCCGAAUCAAACUUAACUACAAAUUAUAAUGCUCUCAAAGAAAAUCCUCAAUUUUUAAUUACGCUUAUAAAUAAAUAUGUAAAAGUAGAUCUUAUUAAAAACACGACCCUAUAUGGAUAUAUUCAUUCCAUAGAUCCUAUUAAAUACAGCAUUAUUAUAUUAGAACAUCAAAGUAAAAAAUUUCAAACUACUGUAAUACCAGGUCAUGCAAUAAUGGAUGUGACAGAGGUAAAUCGAGAAUUAAACGUGGAACUUCCGAUGAGCAAAAAUUCAAUAUCUUUGAAUGAAAGUAGUAUUUUAGAAAGAAAACAGAAAUUAAUAUCAUGGCUUAAACAGAACUUAUUGCCAGUGACAGAAUCUGAAGACAAUAUAGCAUUUGGAAAUGUACUAAUUUUACCCCCCUAUAAUAUAAAUGAUAUAUGUACAGAUAAUGUUAUGGUAGCCACGCAAGUGAAAAACAUUAUGAAUAAAAUGCCCGAAAACUUUUAAAUAUGUAAUUAAUUGUUAAAUAUAUAAGAAAUCUUAUUAUAUUGUAUAAUAUAUAUAUAUAUAAUCAAUUUUAUCUGUAAUUUUUUUUUCAAAUAAACCUUGCUAUCUA